GCACGUGCACAUGGAUUUCAUUGGAUGUAUAUAAAGCUUUGUCGACAAAACUGUAUGAGACGGUCCGAGUUUGAGCUUUCUAUUGUUGCGCCGAAAGGUGAAAAAUGGAAGCAAUUUUCUUUGUUCUUGGCUUCAUAGCUACCGUCCAGGCUGUGGUACCUCCGGGAUAUUUAUUGGACAUCGAACCGGACUGUGGAAAAAACGGUAUCGCCGACGCAGCAGUACAUCUGUUGACCGAUUAUGAUGCUGAGGCUAAAGCAUUUUGUGGAGGCAAUAAGGAAGUGAGCUUCACCUCCGUUGAUGGAGUGUACUUCAACUUGCCCGUGUCCUACCCAGUCACUGGUGGGGGAUCAUCCGCCUGUAAAUUUGUGAAAAAGAAGGAUGCAUUUGUUUACACAAUCCUGGUGACUGUGGCGUUCGGCACCCCCGGUAGCCGGCUUCACCAGACAGAUGAACGGUACACUAUCACCUGCUCCUACCAGCCUGGUGCGAAGAAGGAGAGCUCGUCCAUUAAGGUGAAGCCUGGUGCUGCUGCUCCAAAGGUAAUAGAGGGAAAUACGCCCCCGAAGAGCCCCUCUGUCAUUCUCCUGUACCUUGUCGACGUCAUCGGCAGGAAGAUUUCAGGUUCCGUUAAUGCCGGCAAGAGUGUCCGCCUGAAGGCCGUCACACUCGGACCUGCUGACAAAGGCUUACGACCGGAAUCUUGCGAUGCUUUGAAUUCAAAGGGUGGUAGACUUUCUAUUCUAAGAUCAGGUUGUGGAGACGGCAUGGUGCUAAAGCAGACGCAAGGCUUUAAAACACUUGGCAAGAGAACCUACAGCGCCUUCUUCAAAGUGUUCACUGUUAACGGGGAUCCACAACUGAAGUUUGAAUGCAACUUUACGGUCUGCGCCAAAGCAUGCAAUGGCCCGUCCUGUUUUCCUAAAGGCCGAAAACGCAGAGAACAGCCAGGUGGAAGUCUAGGAAGCUUUCUGUGGAACUCUCGCAGUACUGCCAUGACGGACGUAUUCACAUUGAACGGUGCUGCGGUAGACUUUCCAAUUGAACAACCCGAAGCUCCUCGGUCACGUUUCCGACGCAACCAGUAAUUGUUGUACCCGGUUUGUAAGUGGUGGUUGGUAAAUAAAAAUAAAAACCAAAAAACAUGUUUCACUUAAUGAAACGGGGCUGGAAUCUUGGAAACGUGCAGUUGAAACUGUCACAUAUGAAAACUACAAAAAGUCUUUCAAAAGGGCCUACAAGUCUCGCGAGGCGUUACCUCCGGUACUAAGCUGGUUCUCAGCUCCCUUUGCGCACGCCACCUUGCGAUAAUGGGGGCAGGGGCCGAGCUUACUUCCGGUACCAGAUUUCCGAUGACAAGCGUAUAUUCAAGAACCAGUUCUGGUUCCAAAUUGCGCGACCGCCAACUAUGACUUUACUAGACCGGACCCAUGUACAAUUAUUUGUGCCAUGGCCCAGUUGGCGCUUCAUGCACACUCGUGUGCAACCAACCGUGCAAACAAGGGCAUGCUACUCGUCAUUAAGACUUGCAUCUUCUCAAUAUUUUAAUUCCCUUAAAUAUAGAUAACACAUUUGGUUCUCCUUUGGACCAAAAGCCCUUGAAUUGCUUGGCAUCCCGCAGUGUCUCCCCACGGGCGCUCAUAGUUAGAUUUAGUUCUUGACAAUGCGUGCUUGAUGGUGAAACUCAGAAUGUGUCGAUUCUGAAUAUCGGGUGUUGACACUACAUAUGUAGUGCGUCAUUAUUAUGAAAAUAAAAGCAUGUUCCAUUACUCAACUAAAACAAAUUA